AUGACUUCCUAUGAGUUGCUUCGUGAGUAUCAGGAUCAUAUUGUGCCCCAGAGCUACAAUGCUGGCUUCGUCAUUCUUAGCUACAUUGUCAGCCUGGUCGGCGCGGGCUCAAGUCUUGAGCUUAUGAGCAGACGAACCGGCUUCAGAGGCCUAUUCAAUCACUUGCUACUCGUGAGCUCCGCCGUCACCAUGGGCGGAGUAGCCAUCUGGUGUAUGCAUUUCACUGGAAAUAGAGCUAUCCAUCUUGCCAACGGAGAACCCGAGAUGCAAGUAGCCUAUUCGAAGGGCUUUACGGCUCUAUCCUUCUUUAUUCCUAUCCUCGUCUUGCUGUCUGCAUUUCUAGCAAUCGGCACCAAUAGUGCUAUUUCCUGGUGGAGAGUCAUCGCUGGCGGCGUUCUCUGCGGCGUUUCUAUCUGCGGUAUGCACUAUCUCGGGAAUAUAUCUAUUAAGAACUAUACCUGUGUAUAUCAGCCAGCCUACGUCGUCGGAUCCGCUAUUAUCGCCGUUGUUGCCAGUAACGCUGCCCUUUUAAUGUUAUUUGUCUUUAAGGUUAUGUGGACAAAUUCGUGGCGGAGGCGAGCUAUCUCGGCUGCGGUCCUUGCAAGUGCUGUAUCAGGGAUGCACUGGUGUGCCGCUGCUGGAACUCGUUAUCGUUUCAGAAAUGCCAAGUCAGAGGGCAACGAGCCACCUAAAGCUGCAAAUAUUGUCGUGGCUAUCUGUUUGACUCUCGGUGCCUGUUUUAUCAUUGUCAUAUCAACCAUUAUUCGCAUAAGGAACUUGAGAAAGUCCGCCUUUCGAGCGCAGCAAGUCACAUUGGGAACAGCUGUCUUCGACAAAGGCGGAAGGAUUCUCGUCGACCCCGAUGGACUAAUUCCCAGUACUGUUAUCACUGAUUCAUUUUUGGAAAAGCAUACCAAAGACGGCUUUAGUAUCAGACACCCAAUCUUCCAGUGGAUGUUCCUGGCAUCAAGAAACUGGAGUAUUAUCUCGAGCCUUGUUGGCGGUAUGAGGCAGCACGUGUUACAGUUGCCUCAUUCAAGCACUCAUAAAGACGGACGAUGUGGCAUUCAGCUCCUUAACGAGUAUGGAGAGAUGAUUGAGAAUUACGACAUCAUUUUUAGGGAACUUUUCUGUCUUGCCGCAGCGGAACUUGCGGGCCGGUUCCAUGAGGAUUUGACCUCGGUAGGUGUCUUGUGGGAUGAGAUUCUCCCUACAGGUCCAGUUGGCCAGUGGCCACGACCCCAGUCUCGCAUGAGUUCUCGUCUAAGUCUUUCUUGGGGAAUGGUAGACGGUCAGGAGGACAACAAAAGUGGCCCUGAUGUAGAAAGGGGGCUCAACGCUCGGCAGCAGGUCUUUGGACGCGGCUUGUUGAUGCUGUUGGCUCGCCGCGUUGAUUCGGAUCAGGACGCUGAGCGUUUUAUAUCAGCUGGUUAUCGUUUCGCCGAGCUUCAUCAGGUCAGCAACAUCAUUAGGUCGGGCAUGCAGAUUCAGAGUACCGAGUUUGAGACGAAACUCCGUUCCAUGUCUACAUACGCAACCAAGCACAACGAGGCACCCUCAGGUGUUCAUAUAGGAUUCUUCGCCAUCCGAGCCUCCGUCAGAUCCGGGUUCGAUAUUCUGGUACAGAAAGACGCCAGAAAUCUUCUCCCAUCUAUGGCUCUUCCACUUAAGACACUUGAGAACUGGCAUUUACAGUUCCUCAAGCGGUUUGGAGACAUGUCAGUUUCUAAAAUACUUCAAAGUCUGAACGAGACGUCGGUGUGUCAAAGCGCUCAGGAGAGCGAGUUUGCGGCUCAACUAUCAGAGACCAUCAAAGCCUUAUGCGAAUCGAUUCAAGAGCCACUCUUUGAAGACGCAGCACUCACGUCUACGAUAUCCUGUGCACCCUGCCGAGACAACGAAGAAUGGGGGCAAUCGACCAUGAUUGUGAUGCGGCUGAUGAUUCCCAUCCACUCGGUGCUGUCUAGUACCAACUGUGAAUUUAUACCUCUUAGCUUCUUCAAGAUACGCCAGGCGCCAGCACAAUUCCAGCACGAGUUUAUACAAGGGGUACACCAAAGGUUCGAACAUAUUGUCAAGUUGGGGGAUAGUGGUGAAGUAUCGCAAGGCAGCGGAUCCGGCUUCUCAUUCAGGUUCUGGUCAUUUAGACGGUCUAACCUUUCAGCGGUCAAAAUACUAAACGGCAAUACUAUGGCAAUGGGGAAUGAACGACGACGCUUGUCCGCUGAUUCAGCGAAAUCCAGUUCGACUGUCAAUCUUAACCCGUCUGGCCACGUCAAUCGAGUCCGACCAAUGUCUUUGACAGAGGAUCUGGGAAUAGGCCAAGCUCAUGAAGAUUCACGACCGGACCAGCUGUUGUGUAGAGGUGCCACUAGCGUAAAGGAAAUCUUGGUCAAUGGUGAAGAAAGCAAACAGAAAUCAGAGCAAUGCGCCCGAUCAGAAGGCUCAUGCAAGCUCACGAUCCCAGCGAAUAACCCAAAGACGCCACCGGCAAUAGACAUUGAGCUCCAGGUGAUAGGUCACUGUGAAACCAACGCGCAGGCGGGCCCACAGAUCUCUAGCAAAGUCGGGCCUCUUAAGGGCCUAGUGAGCAAUGCGUUGUCGUUUGUGGAUAUUCUGUUUGUCGAAACUAUUGAGCGCCGCUAG